AUGGUUGAGUCACCUGGGGUUGUCGCAGCGGGAGCACUUUGGCAGACCAGCGCCCCCUCCUACUCGCGACUGUUGAGACGUUUCCACGUCAAACGCUCUUAUUAUCACUCUCACCGCCCAACCACCACCGCAGCGUCUCAGCAUGUAUCUCGACUGUUGAUUCUUCCCACACAUCUGGAGCGACAUUCUCGCGGCCCUCGACUACAAGCACAAGCUCAAGCUUCGGUUGGUCUCCCCGCCCCCCAAGAAUCUCGUCGACGAGAGCCUGUGCGGCAAAUGGCUGUGGCUCCGCAACGAAUGGAAGUUUUGCAGUGUCCCCUACCUCCCCGAUGGGAUCUAUGCAGCGCUGCGGUGGGACUUCAGCAAGCUGCCGUUCUUCUCCCCGCGGUCGACGGAGGGAAACGAGAUGCAGUCCGCCGAGCCGAGUCCAUCUGGCUCAGUGUCCCGAACGCCGCACGGAUCGUUCCCCUGCUGCAGGCGGAGAUAUGUCCGGAGACUGACAUCGAAGUCUUCCACGGGAACUUCAAGGACGGUCCGGACAAAACGCAAGCCAACAACGGUGCGGUCUUCAACACCGCACUUGCCGUGCCGCCGUGUCGCAACCUCACCGUCCACGUGCGGAUCCCGUGCGGCUGUGCUAGCGGCUCCCUGACAGGUGUGUGGUCACAUUCUGCCCGUGUCAUCGAUAUCGCGUUCAAGGUCGGUUGUCCCUACGACAGUCCCCAUGUUGUCUGCUCCGAGUUCCACACGGACUGUCGUCUGACCAUUUGCCCGUUCGCUCGCCACAUUUUGACUCCAACCGUCGAAGACGUCUUAAUCAGCUUCUACGGUUAUGAAGACGGGAUUAAAGCCGCCGUCACUCGCUGGUUGGAGAUUCUUGACUCAGGCGCAUUGGUUCUCGGCCGUGUCGAAACGACUGCGAACGUGCAUCUCUUCGAAAAGAGCGAAUGA